AUGCUCGGCCGGCCAGAUUAUUGGGCGCCAGUGCACCACUGGGACACGGGCCAGGGCGACAAGAUACAAGCGUUUGACUUCUCCUGCCAGCAUCCACGCUGGAACCUGCAGGUCCAAGGGGCACCGCUGUCGGUGUACAUGCGGCACGACGUUUCCAAACGCGAGACCAUCUACCUCAUCUCGCACAAGCGACAGGAUAGCAGCAUCUACGCCUUGAAAAACGUGCUCGAAAUUGCGCUGCGCACCAGCUCCAAGCCAGCGCGACCGGGCAUCUUCCUGGACGACCCGUUCGACAUGCACGUCAUCUUGUCGACGCUGUCGCUCGAGGCAUCCAAACAUCACGUCCAGCGCUUCCGACGCUUCAUGUGGACGCAGAUCAACAAGGUCGACGACCAACUGGCCAGCCUGCAGAACCGCGACCGGACGCAGCUGUCGGAACUGACCAAGCAACUGCAGGUGAUCAGCCAGAACGCCGACUCGCACAUUGCCAACGCCGACGUGUGCAUCAUCACGGCCACGGGGAUCCGGGACGCCCACGCGCGCAUCUUCGACGCUCCGGUCGAGCCGUUCCGGCACCAGCAGGUGCGGGACUCGAUCGACUACGUGAUCGACUCGAUGCAGAAGCAGAAGAUGUGGUUCCUCAACUACAAGAACCGCAAGGACAGCACCAUGAGCCUGGUGUACAACCUGGUGACGCAGCAGGACGCGGCCAACAACAUCGGUCUCGCGGCCGACAUGAAGCGUGACAGUACCAGCAUGAGCGCCAUCGCCUCCUUGACCAUGGUCUUUCUUCCUGGUACCUUCACCGCCGCCAUCCUCGACGGUGGGAUCUUCUCCUCGCCGGGCGGCUCUCACGUCACCGUCAAUGGCAUCUGGUGGUUCUGGCUGCUCCUCACUUUGGUGCUGACUUUGAUCACCAUGGGGAGCUGGUGGCUGUACAGACGGAAAAAAGACGCCGAGAGCCUGAACCCGAUCCUGCUGGCAGACACGAACGCGAAAACGAGGACCGGCUCGACCAGACCGAAUCUCAAAAGCUUCUCGAGCGGCGGGAGUUUCUCGUGGCCUAAUCGGUAUAGCCUAGGGAGAAUAGGAAGCCAGGGAGAAGGAGGGAAAACGGAUUGA